AAAGAAGUACGGUUCUCUCGGAUAUACCUGUAAGGCACCAUGGAAAGAAAAUUCAUCAUGGACACUUCAGGCAAAACAAUUACAUGCCGGGCUGCCAUUGCCUGGGCGGCAAAUUCUACUCUUUCAAUUGAGGAAGUACAAGUUGAACCACCAAAGGCUGGGGAAGUUUGAAUUAAGAUGGCAUCUACAGGGAUCUGUGGUACUGACGAUCAUGCAAUAAAAGGAUUAAUCUCAGCAGUCUUUCCUUUUAUCCCAGGCCAUGAAGGAGCUGGGAUUGUGGAGAGUAUUAUUGGCAAAGGAGUGAGCUCAGUGAAACCAGGAGAUAAAGUCCUCGCACUCGCUAUUCCACAGUGUAGAGAAUGCAGUUUCUGCUUGCAUCCCAAGGGAAACUUCUGUGAGAAGCAAGAUGCUCUGUCUUCUUCGGGAUGAAUGCUGGACGGGACUAGCAGAUUUACCUGCGAAGGCAAAAAGAUUCAUCACUCUUUCCGCACAAGCACAUUCACUGAAUAUUCUGUUGUACCUGAGAUUGCAGUGGCAAAAAUUGAUGAUGCUGCUCCUAUGGAUAAAGUCGGUGUCAUAAGCUGUGAGGUGCCCACAGGUUACAGGGCUGCUGUGAACUCGGCCAAGGUCACUCGUGGUUCCACCUGCGUGGUCUAUGGACUUGGAGGAAUCGGUUCAGCCAUUGUCAUGGGCUGUAAAGCAUCUGGUGCUUCUAGAAUCAUUGGGGUUGACAUCAAUGAGGAGAAGUUUCCCCGGGCCAGAGCGUUAGGGGUCACUGAUUGUCUCAAUCCUCGAAAACUCAAGAAGCCUGUCCAGCAGGUGGUCAUGGAAAUGACAGGAGUUGGUGCUGACUUUGCCUUUGAGGCCAUUGGACUCAGUGAUGUCAUGCUUGCUGCUUGGGAUUCCUGCCACCUGAGCCAUGGUGUCUGUCUGAUUGUUGGGCUGGCUCCAUUAAAUUCAAAGCUUUCCCUGGAUGCAUCAGUGACUAUCUCCGGACGGACACUGAAGGGUGUAUGCUUAGGAGAUUAUAAAACCAGAGACUGUAUUCCCCAAUUAGUGACUGGCUACCUGCAAAAUAAAAUUAAUAUAGACCCAUUAGUAACACAUCAGUUGCCUUUUGACCAACUCCACAAAGCUUUCGAGUUGUACCAUGCUGGAAAAACCAUCCGCUGUGUUCUACUGUUCUGAGAUCCCAGAUGAUAAAAGGUGCAAGAGCAUCCUUGGGGAUUUCAUUCUUUCCUGUAUCACCUCUCUGAUUGUACCAGUAGAGAGGAAGAGUAUCAAAGUUGGAAAUGUAGUGUAAUUCUGCGAAAUAAAAUAAGUG